AGCUUUGCUCUAUCUUGUCUCUGACAUAUUUUUUAUCACUACUGCCCGCUGGAACUAGUACUUUCCAGCAAAAAAUGAUGGCAGCCAGCACCAGUCGACUGGCUAUAGCACGGGCUGGCGGAAUCAUGGCGCACAUGCGGCAAGGAUACACCAUGCCGCUCAUCAUGGCACGCUCGUACGGGUCGAGCCCAGCUGCUGCUACGUGCGAAGCCACCGCCCACGCAGGGCCGACAGCACACAGCGUUUUCCAGUCGUUGGCGACGAACCGGCCAGUAUUCAAAAUCACAAAACCGAUUGAUAUCAUCAGAGAGCCAGCCGAUUUCUAUCAGGCGCUGCUGCGCGGCAUCAGCCGUGCCAAGCACCGCAUCUGCCUCAGCAGCCUGUACAUCGGCAGCGAGGAGACAGAGCUGGUCUCCAAGCUUGACCAGGCGCUGACCAGAUCGCCUGCACUGCAGGUUCACAUUCUGGUUGACUGCCUGCGCGGCACGCGCACUAAUCGGGCAGGCGAGAGCACGGCGACGCUGCUGGCACCGCUGGUCAGCAAGCAUGGGCGGGAUCGCGUCGUUGUGUCCAUGUACCACACUCCGGCGCUCAGUGGAGUCAACAAGCGGGCGUGGCCGCAGAGGUUCAACGAAACGUUCGGGCUGCAGCACAUCAAGGCGUACCUGUUUGAUGACGAGCUGAUAAUGAGCGGAGCGAACCUGAGCCGCGACUACUUUACGAACCGGCAAGACCGGUACAUGCGGCUCAGGGACGAGAAGCUGUGCGGGUACUUUGUCGGACUGCUACAGGCCAUUGCCAAGUUCUCGUUUGAGCUGGUGCCCAGCAGGGGCUCUGGAUUCCACCUGGCGAUACACCAGUUCCCUGAUCCGUCCAAGGACCCGCGCGGCUUUGUCCAGGAGGCAAACGAGGUAAUGGCGUCGUUUUUGCACCGCGCCUCGGUAGAAAACAGCGUGCAAAAGAUCUCGCACACAGACACGCUUGCGAUCCCGACAGUGCAGAUGAGCCAGCUGGGCAUCACCCAGGACGAGCAGCACAUGGCCGAGUUCUUCCAGAUCACCGACCAGUUUGCACGGCAGCACCAGGCGUGCCGCAACUUUAUGACAUCCGCGUACUUCAACUUCUCGGACUUCCACAAGCACAAUGUGCUGGCCAACCGCAGCCGGUGGGACCUGCUGGUAGCAUCGCCCGAAGCCAACGGCUUCUUCACAGCCAGCGGGAUCUCAAAAUACAUCCCCAACAUGUACAGCAUCAUCGAGUACCAGUUCCUUCGCAUGGUGCGCAAGCAUGGCCGUAGCGACAUUGCUGUUGAGGAGUACUCGCGACAAGGGUGGACGUACCAUGGCAAGGGCGUGUGGUGCUAUCUAGAUCAGAAGCUGCCGCAGCUGACCAUGAUCGGGUCACCCAACUACGGGUACCGGUCGAUAUACUGUGACCUGGAAGCGCAGGUCACGCUGAUCCCAGGUAGCGACGCGCUGCAGAACGAUGUGCACCAGGAGGCACUAGGGCUGCUGUCGCAUUCAAAGAUGGUCAGCGAGGCAGAGCUGAAGCAGCGGAUCCGCGGGUCACCGAUGUGGCUUUAUGGCUUGAAGCCAUUUAUUCUGAAGAAGAUGUAGAAGGGUAUGCUGAACCCCAAUAUAUGAAACUGCUUGU